AUGCAAAUCAUAAAUGUUCUAGCUGGACUGACCAUGUCAAUUCUUCACGUACCUCAGGGAAUGGCAUAUGGUUACCUGGCCGGAUUGAAACCAAUCAACGGUCUGUACACUUCUUUCUUCCCUCCACUGGUCUACUUUUUAUUUGGAACCUCUCGACAUAUAUCAGUUGGUACAUAUUCUGUGGUUGCCUUAUUGGGAUCUGAACCAGUUGAUCGGUUAUCCGAUUCAUUUAUUCCAUCUAAUGAUAGCUCAAACGGCACAGAUACAUUCACAGAAGAGCUUGCUUCCUACCGGUUGACUAUAGCCGCCACAGUCACCAUACUAGCAGGACUACUACAGUUUGUCAUGGGUCUUUUCCAUCUCGGAUUUUUGGUAGUGUACAUAUCAGCACCGCUCCUAGGGGGUUUCACGUGUGCCUCCGCUUUCCAUGUCUUGUCGAGUCAACUGAGCGCACUGUUUGGUAUUCGCUUAAAUCGAUACAAAGGUCCUGGUCGUUUGAUUCUGACGUUGGUGGACUUUUUCCGUAAAGUACACACCACAAACUUGGCUACACUCACUGUGUCCAUUACUUGCAUCGCAAUUCUGGCUGUGUAUAAGUUUCUUAUCAAUCCGCGAUUGACGAAACGAUGUCAUUUUCCCUUUCCAAUUGAACUGCUUGUGCUUGUCGGAGGAACAAUUGCCUCGUAUUUUAUCGGACUGGAGACGGUGUAUAAUGUCCGUAUUGUUGGUACCAUACCCAGUGGAUUGCCUACUCCCAAGUUGCCGGAUGUUCGUCUCGUCCCCGAUGUACUGAUUGAAUCGUGUGUCGUCUCUUUAGUUGCUCUGGCAACUACCGUAUCCCUAGUCAAACUGUAUGCAUUUCGGGGUGGAUAUGAUGUACAGUAUACGCAAGAGAUGACCGCCCUCGGUUUGGCAAAUAUUUUCGGAGGUCUGUUCCAAGGUCAUCCAGCUUCUGCUGCUUUGGCGCGAACCAGUGCUGCGGUUGGUGCCGGAAUGAAAUCUCAGGUUGCUUCAUUAGUUUCUUGCGUGGUGCUGUUGUUGGUACUCACUGUAAUCGGUCCACUCUUGGAAUCGGUGCCACUGCUCAUCUGGUUAGUGGCGUUCCUGGCUACCGUAUGUCUUGAUAUACCCUACGGUCUGAUCACGGGGUUGACAUUCUCGUUGCUGACUGUCCUCUAUCGAACUCAAGCCUCUUUCGCUUAUGAAUUGGCUCAAGUAUCGGGUACCGAACUUUAUGCUGAUGUCAGGUAUUAUCGUGAAUUGAUUCACACUUUUGCGUCCGCUGAUGUGAAUCUGCUGUUGACCACAUGUCAACCGCAAGUCAGCGAUACCCUUCAGAAAGUUGGCCUGACCUCAGAUGAGCUCAACCGGAUCUGUUUCGUAUCGAUACACGACGCAGUGAUUUAUGCGCAGAGAAUUAUUCAUAAAGUGGAAGAUAUCAAAGAUAACUCGACUACUAUGCUCUGA